AUGUCUAAUCUUCUUCCCUCAGGUUGGUCGCAUUAUGGCACAGCUAUUCGCUCGCGAGUUAGUGUCGCGCAACGCGAUUCCAAAAACUAUUUUCUGCUCACCAACAUUGGCGAGUUUGCAGACUGCCACGGAUAUCCAGAACUAUAUCGGGUGAAUGACAAUAAUCUGAGAAGCAUCGCUGUAGGUAUGACAAAAGUAAUUCCAAAAUUAGCGGACGCACAAGGCAUUGUUCUCGUCAUAACGGACUCAAUGGCUAUGAAAAUGCUCAGAGAUUUGUCGACAAAUUAUGAUCCUGGCGAUCGCACUGAAAAGGAUCUCCGUUUUAGUGCAGUUCAUGGAUAUCCUGCAAUGUCGUCAAUCGUCCUGAAUGUGCGUCAAUCGCAUAACGGCAAGAAACGCGUCUAUCCUUCUCGCCUCUUCAUGCGCCCUCUUACAUCCAUUGGUGAAUGUACCCAGGCCGACCCCGACGUCGACAACUAUAGAGCCAAGAAAUAA